GUAAUAUUUUUCCUUCUUCUUCUUCACUAUUCUCUGCUACUUAUCACUUAAACGACGCCGUUUUCCGAUGUCUUGGCUCAGAAGCCUCGUCAGAGUCUCAUCCAGAGCCUCACCGACUUCCCCAACCAAAUCCAGAAUCAGUCAGCCCUACUCUUACUCUCUCCUCUCAUGCUUCACCACCGAGGCGGCGCGGCCGGUCCAACCGCCGGCUACUUACGCCGGAUUGGGGCCGACGAAGGCGGGGGAGAAGCCGAGGGUGGUGGUGCUGGGGACGGGGUGGGCCGGGUGCCGGCUGAUGAAGGGACUGGACACGAAGGUCUACGACGUCGUUUGCGUCUCGCCGAGGAAUCACAUGGUGUUCACGCCGCUGCUGGCGUCGACUUGCGUCGGGACGCUGGAGUUUAGGUCGGUGGCGGAGCCGAUCGGGAGGAUCCAGCCGGCGAUUUCCAGGGAGCCUGGCUCGUACUUCUUUCUCUCCAAUUGUAUUGGACUUGAUACGGAUAAGCAUUUGGUGAAAUGUGAGACUGUAACGGAUGGAGCUGAUAACUUGGAGCCGUGGAAAUUUGAGAUUGCCUACGACAAGCUGGUUAUCGCAAUGGGUGCAGCACCCACAACUUUUGGAAUACAUGGUGUAGAAGAACAUGCAAUUUUUCUCCGUGAAGUCUAUCACGCCCAGGAAAUCCGUAGGAAGCUUCUCAUGAACUUGAUGCUGUCGGAUGUUCCCGGUGUUUCAGAGGAAGAGAAAAGCAGACUCCUACAUUGUGUAGUUGUAGGAGGUGGUCCCACUGGAGUCGAGUUCAGUGGUGAACUAAGUGACUUUAUACAGAAAGAUGUUCGUCAGAGAUAUGCCCAUGUGAAAAAUUACAUUCAUGUUACCUUGAUUGAGGCUAAUGAGAUUUUGUCUUCAUUUGAUAAUCGCUUGCGGCAAUAUGCAACGAAACAGUUGACCAAGUCAGGAGUCCGUCUUGUUCGUGGGAUUGUGAAGGAUGUCAAAGAUAAGGUGAUAGUUCUCAAUGAUGGCACAGAGGUUCCUUAUGGGUUGUUGGUGUGGUCUACUGGUGUUGGUCCAUCAUCCUUUGUAAACUCUGUGCAACUUCCAAAAGCUCCUGGAGGAAGGAUUGGUGUUGACGACUGGCUACGCGUUCCAUCCGUGCAGGAUGUGUUUUCAAUUGGUGAUUGCAGUGGGUUUCUUGAAAGUACAGGAAGACCAGUUCUUCCAGCUUUGGCUCAGGUCGCAGAGAGAGAAGGAAAAUAUCUAGCAAAUUUACUGAACAAGAUUGGUGAAGCCGGUGGAGGGCAUGCCAACAGUGCAAAAGAAUAUGUAUACAAGGAACCUUUUGUGUACAAGCAUUUAGGUAGCAUGGCAACUGUUGGCAGAUACAAAGCUCUUGUGGAUCUGAGACAGAGCAAGGAAGGAAAAGGUUUAUCUUUGGCUGGGUUCGUUAGUUGGUUUAUCUGGCGCUCGGCAUAUUUAACAAGGGUCAUAAGCUGGAGAAACAGAUUUUAUGUGGCAAUUAACUGGCUCACGACUUUGGUGUUUGGACGUGAUAUAAGCAGAAUUUAGAUUUUCAAAAGAAAGAAACCUACAUUCUUCUUAUAGAAAGAAACUUAUUAUCUAUAUAUAUAACUUUUUUUUUUUUUGGUUUUUUGGGUCUGGGUAAAUGAAGCAAGUGCUUGACAGCCGGCCUUAGGAAUGCAAUAAAACCUGCAUUCGUAUAUAGGGUCAAUGUUAAUCAAUUCUUCCAUACGGACCCGGUAUGCUGCAAAAGUUUCUUUAUUGUAAUGAAAAUCAAAUUGGAAGUGAAUAUGAUUGUUCUUUGGAAGUUGAUUGAUGUGAGUAAUAAGCGGUGUGAAUUUAUAUAUUGUAAGAUUGACCUAUUCCUGGUAGGUAAAGUAUAUGGACAUCUAAAAUUCCACUUGAAUGCAAGAAAUUUCAUAGUUUUCCAUAAAAUGUUAGGUUUCCACCAAAGUAUGGUAGUCUGAGUUCAUAUUGUUGGGCGCUGAGAUCGCCACUUUCGGAAUUGAUGGGCUAGCAGAGCACCUUAUGUUAUUUAUCUUAUUGAAUUCAACAUGCUCAUGCAAACAGUCCGUUGCUGCUCCAAUACUUGAUUCCGUUGUAAUUUUCAGGUGUAUGAACUGGAAAAAAUGCAAAUGCCCACACUGUAUUAUUGUAGGAGGUGGUAUCACCCAGCUUGGUGUCAGAAAAAACUUGAGCUUAUUGAGAGAGGUACUCAGUCAAAGAUUACGUUACCCUGAUUGAGGAUUCACGUUGAGGUGGCUAUGUGCCCUGGUAUGCAGGCUGUGUUUUCUAUUUGGUGAUUGCCGUGGUUCUCCUCUUUUCAAAGACAUCCAAAACUUGUUUCCGAGGCCUCUGCAUAAUUUUGAUGAGAGAUAGGGCUUUAAGGUCCCCACUGACCGCUGAAUUCAGAGUGGUGUUUCAGAGGAAGAGAAUUGGUGAAAGAGGUUCUUCCUACUAGAGUGAUAUUUGCGAUUUUAUGCAGAUUGAUGUUUGUUAUGAAAGACUCCAUGCGUGGUACCAUGGUGAGGUUUGUCAACAAUACGUUAUGCUGGAUAACCUUCUUGAAUAUUCUUGCAAGUCCUAGCCUUUUACAAUAAAUAUAUAAAAAGAAUUUAUGAAGGAAAAAAAAAGGAACGAAGGGUCAUAUUAUGAGUCAAACGCAAAGUCAAGUGCUAACCACUACACCAUAGAACCGUGUUGUUAUUGAAGCUAUUAUAAUCUUCCUUGGAUAUGAACUUCUACCCAACAACUUUAGCUAUCAACAGUUCUUCACUUGUAGAUUACAAUUUUAGAGCUAUCAAAAAUGUUCAAGGGAAAGUCUAGCAAUUGAGAAACGAAGAAGAGAUCAACACCGUUUGAGGAUCACAGCGUAGCAUGACAGGAGAUCCUCAAAUGGCUUGGAGUUUGUCUUGUCUCUGGAAUUGCACACCAUUGAAGAUACAAAUAUUAUUCAUAAUGGUGGCUGGUUUUAUGGGAUGUUGAUACUUUGUAUAGUAUAUUGGUGGUGUUGGUCAAGGUCUUUUGUAAACUCCCUGCAACUUCCCAAGGUUCCUUAUCAAAAGGAUGGUCAUUGGUGGGUGGCUACACUAUUUCCAGUGCAUGAUAAUGAUGAUAUGUUUACAGUCGAUGAUUGUAGUGGUGUUCUCGAAGAAUCUGGAAAACCAGGGCAUUGUCGUGUAGAGUUGUUGUAGACGUUAAGAAAUAAAAAAUGCAUAUAUCAGUGGGUUACUGGGUAUCAAGUUCCCUGAUACUUCAUCAUCUGGAUGCCUGCAGAGACAAGACUUCCCAGCUUCAGUAGCAGGUGCAUAAAAUUGGGGCAUAUAAAUGAACGAAAUGUUCAUUGGCUUAUUGGACGAUAUAUUGGGUCAUGGGUGUUAUAAGAUAUUAGACAAAAUAGCCCACUAGAGUACAAUGAUCUCAUUUUAUGAAUACUUGAAGUGAUGCUGAUCUGUUAUUGGAUUCAAAGUUAUGAAGUAAGUUAUUU